AUGUCAAGUCAACCUAUCGAGUUAUAUAGCGGAAAAUAUUACAUUACAUGCGCAUUUGGAGGUGUACUAGCAUGUGGGUUAACUCAUACCUUUGUCACGCCUCUUGACCUUGUGAAAUGCCGUAGACAGGGAAAUUUCGAUGGAUGGGCAAAGAUCUAUCGUGGCGAAGGAUUUCGCGGAUUAUAUACAGGAUGGGUCCCUACUCUUGUCGGAUAUUCUUUCCAGGGAGCUGCAAAGUACGGUUUCUAUGAGAUCUUUAAGAAAACUUACUCUGAUUUAGCCGGCGAGGAGAACGCUCACAAAUAUCGAACUACUCUCUACUUGAGCGCGAGUGCUAGUGCCGAGAUUCUUGCCGAUAUCGCCUUGUGUCCAUGGGAAGCGUUAAAGGUUAGAAUGCAAACGUCUACCGAACCGUUCGCAAAAAGUACGUCAGAAGGUUUCAGCAAGAUUUUGAAAAACGAGGGUGUGAGCGGCUUCUACAAAGGUCUCACCCCACUUUGGGCCAGACAGGUUCCCUACACUAUGAUGAAAUUUGCUAGUUUCGAAAGAACUGUCGAAUAUAUCUAUAAAACUGUCGGAAAACCCAAGGAAGAAUAUAAUAAGCUUGAACAAUUGGGUGUUUCUUUCCUCGGUGGUUACAUCGCUGGUGUAUUUUGUGCUAUUGUCAGUCAUCCUGCUGACACCAUGGUAUCAAAGCUGAAUAAUAUCAAGAAAGCUGAGGGAGAAUCAACCGCCGCUCUGUCCCUGAAGAUUCUUAAAGACCUUGGUCCCCUUGGAAUUUGGCGAGGUCUUGGUACUCGUGUCAUUAUGAUCGAAAAAAAAAUAGAAAUUCGUAAUUAUCGAAUGGGCCCAGAAAUUUGGAGUCAAGUUGGAUUUAGAGGUGUUCGAAAGUCUGGGCAUUACUUGGCUGAAGCUCAGGAUGACAUCUAUUGGAUCCUUCUAUCUCACGGAUUAGAAUUUAAUGAUGCGGUCGAUGAAGUUCUUGAAACUUUAGAAUCCGAAUUAUAUUUUUGGUAA